AGACUCUUGGCGGACAGAGCAGCUCCCAAGGCAAGAUGUCCUUCGAGGGAGCCAGGCUCAGCAUGAGGAGCCGGAGGAACGGGAGCACCCGAACCCUGUACUCCAGUGUGUCUCGGAGCACAGAUGUGUCCUACAGCGACAGCGACAUGGUGAAUUUCAUUCAGACAAAUUUUAAGAAGCGGGAAUGUGUCUUCUUUACUAAAGACUCCAAGGCCACGGAGAACGUGUGCAAGUGUGGCUAUGCCCAGAGCCAGCACAUGGAAGGCACCCAGAUCAACCAAAUCGAAAAGUGGAACUACAAGAAGCAUACCAAGGAGUUUCCCACCGACGCCUUCGGGGACAUUCAGUUUGAGACUCUGGGGAGAAAAGGCAAGUACAUCCGCUUGUCCUGCGACACGGACUCGGAAACCCUCUACGAACUGCUGACACAGCACUGGCACCUGAAGACGCCCAACCUGGUCAUUUCUGUGACUGGUGGUGCCAAAAACUUCGCUUUGAAGCCUCGUAUGCGGAAGAUCUUCAGCCGGCUGAUCUACAUUGCACAGUCUAAAGGUGCUUGGAUUCUCACGGGAGGCACACAUUAUGGCCUGAUGAAGUACAUUGGGGAAGUGGUGAGAGAUAACACCAUCAGUAGGAACUCAGAAGAAAACAUCGUGGCCAUCGGCAUAGCAGCUUGGGGCAUGGUCUCUAACAGGGACACCCUCAUCCGGAACUGCGAUGAUGAGGGGUAUUUUUCAGCUCAAUACAUCAUGGACGACUUCAAGAGAGACCCUCUGUACAUCUUGGACAACAAUCACACUCACCUGCUGCUCGUGGACAAUGGAUGUCACGGACACCCCACGGUGGAAGCCAAGCUUCGGAAUCAGCUGGAGAAGUACAUCUCUGAACGCACUAGUCAAGAUUCCAACUAUGGUGGGAAGAUCCCCAUUGUGUGCUUUGCUCAAGGAGGCGGAAGAGAAACUUUGAAAGCCAUCAACACCUCCAUCAAAAGUAAGAUCCCUUGUGUGGUGGUAGAAGGCUCUGGGCAGAUCGCUGAUGUGAUUGCUAGCCUAGUAGAGGUGGAAGAUGUCCUAACCUCGUCCAUGGUCAAGGAGAAGCUGGUGCGAUUUUUACCACGCACAGUGUCCCGGCUGCCUGAAGAGGAGACUGAGAGCUGGAUCAAAUGGCUCAAGGAAAUUCUUGAGAGUUCCCACCUAUUAACAGUCAUUAAAAUGGAAGAAGCUGGAGAUGAGAUUGUUAGCAACGCCAUUUCCUACGCACUGUACAAAGCCUUUAGCACUAAUGAGCAGGACAAGGACAACUGGAACGGGCAGUUGAAGCUUCUGCUGGAGUGGAACCAGCUGGACCUUGCCAGCGAUGAGAUCUUCACCAAUGACCGCAGAUGGGAGUCUGCUGACCUUCAAGAAGUCAUGUUCACGGCUCUCAUAAAGGACAGGCCCAAGUUUGUCCGCCUCUUUCUGGAGAAUGGCUUGAACCUGCAGAAGUUUCUCACGAAUGACGUCCUCACCGAGCUCUUCUCCACCCACUUCAGCACCCUCGUGUACCGGAACCUGCAGAUCGCCAAGAAUUCCUACAACGAUGCCCUCCUCACAUUUGUCUGGAAGCUGGUGGCAAACUUCCGUAGAAGCUUCUGGAAGGAAGACAGAAGCAGCAGGGAGGACUUGGACGUGGAACUCCAUGAUGUGUCUCUCACCACUCGGCACCCCCUGCAAGCUCUCUUCAUCUGGGCCAUCCUUCAGAACAAGAAAGAACUCUCCAAGGUCAUCUGGGAGCAGACCAAGGGCUGCACUCUGGCAGCCUUGGGGGCCAGCAAACUUUUGAAGACCCUUGCCAAAGUAAAGAACGACAUCAACGCUGCUGGGGAGUCAGAAGAGCUGGCUAAUGAGUAUGAGACCCGGGCAGUUGAGCUGUUCACAGAGUGUUACAGCAGUGACGAAGACCUGGCAGAGCAGCUGCUGGUCUAUUCCUGUGAAGCCUGGGGCGGGAGCAACUGUCUGGAGCUGGCCGUGGAGGCUACAGACCAGCAUUUCAUUGCCCAGCCUGGGGUCCAGAAUUUUCUUUCCAAGCAAUGGUAUGGAGAGAUUUCCCGGGACACGAAGAACUGGAAGAUCAUCCUGUGCCUGUUUGUCAUCCCCCUGGUGGGCUCCGGCCUCGUGUCCUUUAGGAAGAAGCCCAUUGACAAGCACAAGAAGCUGCUGUGGUAUUACGUGGCCUUCUUCACCUCGCCCUUUGUGGUCUUCUCCUGGAAUGUGGUCUUCUACAUUGCCUUCCUCUUGCUGUUUGCCUACGUGCUGCUCAUGGACUUCCACUCUGUGCCGCACACCCCUGAGCUGAUCCUCUACGCCCUGGUCUUCGUCCUGUUCUGUGAUGAAGUGAGGCAGUGGUACAUGAACGGUGUGAAUUACUUUACCGAUCUGUGGAAUGUCAUGGACACACUGGGCCUUUUCUACUUCAUAGCAGGGAUUGUGUUCCGGCUUCAUUCUUCUAAUAAAAGCUCUUUGUACUCCGGACGAGUCAUUUUCUGCCUAGAUUACAUUAUAUUCACUCUAAGGCUGAUUCACAUUUUCACUGUAAGCAGGAACUUAGGACCCAAGAUUAUAAUGCUUCAGAGGAUGUUGAUCGAUGUGUUCUUCUUCCUGUUCCUCUUUGCCGUGUGGAUGGUGGCCUUCGGUGUGGCCAGACAGGGGAUCCUUAGGCAAAACGAACAGCGCUGGAGGUGGAUCUUCCGCUCCGUCAUUUACGAGCCCUACCUGGCCAUGUUCGGCCAGGUGCCCAGUGAUGUGGAUGGUACCACAUAUGACUUUUCCCAUUGUACCUUCUCUGGGAAUGAGUCCAAGCCCCUGUGUGUGGAACUGGAUGAACACAACCUGCCCCGCUUCCCCGAGUGGAUCACCAUCCCACUGGUCUGCAUCUACAUGCUGUCCACCAACAUCCUGCUGGUCAACCUGCUGGUUGCCAUGUUCGGCUACACGGUGGGCACCGUGCAGGAGAACAACGACCAGGUCUGGAAGUUCCAACGCUACUUCCUGGUACAGGAAUACUGCAACCGUCUCAACAUCCCCUUCCCCUUCGUGGUCUUUGCCUACUUCUACAUGGUGGUGAAGAAGUGCUUCAAGUGUUGCUGCAAGGAGAAAAACACGGAAUCCUCAGCCUGCUGUUCCAGAACCGAGGACAACGAGACUUUGGCGUGGGAGGGUGUCAUGAAGGAAAAUUACCUUGUCAAGAUCAACACGAAAGCCAACGACAACUCAGAGGAAAUGAGGCAUCGAUUUAGACAACUGGAUACAAAGCUUAAUGAUCUCAAGAGUCUUCUGAAAGAGAUUGCUACUAAAGUCAAAUAGAGCGACAUGAACACUCGAGGGGAAAAAUGCAGCUAUAACAAGGUAAAAUCAGCCAUCUGGAUUGGGAGGCUCAAGGAACGCUGGUGAACAGUUCUGCUAUUGACUUCUAAAGGAGAAUUUUUGGGGUCCGUGGGUUUAUGGCAGAUGACUUGUAGUCACCCUAGUGGGUGGAAAUCUGGGAACCAGGUGUAUGACCAAAUUUGUGGAGGAGCAUAAAGGCUCAGGAGUUCCUCUUCCGGGGUCCCUGAUGCUCUCUGCCUCAGAACCUUGUGCUGGUGUUGAGUGUUCAAGUGCUCACGUGUCUUCUUUUUCCUUUGACUCGUGGGUCUGGUAGGAGAAUCUCAUGACAAUGAACCUGCUCUUGAUUUCACUUCUAUAUUGUUAGUUUGUUUCCAAUUAAUGGUCUACUUUCCCCCUUUUUGUGUUGCAUGACAAAUUCACUGACAUUAUUACAAUCUCCCCACCUACCCCCCCAAAAUCAAUAGAAUCUAAAACGUACUAAGCAACAGGAUUCUGCUCUUUCCAUGAGAACUUCUUUGUCUCUUCAUGCUCCAACCUGUGGAGGGAGGAGCUCAAGUACCGACUUUGUGUCUGUGCCUCACCAGGACGCCUGCUGGAGGGAUCACCCAUUCCUAACACUGUGAAAACCCUCCCAGAAUGCAACCUUGGGAGGCACCGCUCCUGCGUUUUGCCUGCACUGGGUGCUCCCCUCCUCCAUUCUCAUCCCCCCCACCCCCAUUCUAAGCAACGAAUGGAUACAGAGAAUUAGACCUCAUGAACGCACAGAAACAGCAUCCCACUUCCUGGAAUAAUCAUUGCGCACAUUUCUGUGUGUUCGUCUAAGUCUAGGUUUUUCCUCUGCGCCGUUCAAUUCCCCUUUAAAAUGUGCAUAAUGUCAUCAUGUGCAUAGACAAUUUUGUAUAUAGGUCUUUUCACUAUUUUAUCAGACAUGUUUUCUUCAUAUUCACAGUCUUCAUAAACAUUACAUCAGUAGUUUCAUAAUAUUCAAACCUCUAGAGGUUUCCGUGAGGCAGGUCACUGACGGCUGACUCCAACUGGCCGUGGAUUCGAACAUGUUUGUGCAUGAGUCUUCUUUCUGUAUUACGAAAGAUCUCAGGUCUAGAAGCCUAGAUUCCUUGGGAUAGCUAUUGAUUAUCAAACCACUUACAAGGUUUUCUCAUAAGCAUAUAGCAAAUAGCAAUUAACUGUGCAUAAGAUACAAGAUGUGUGAUGCUCUAUUAAAAUAUGAUAUUGUAUUUAACCCUUAGUUUAGGAAGAAGCCAGUGUGCUUAUUUAAAUGUUGUGGCCUGGGAAGGCAUUGGGAUAGAGUUGGAGUGACUGUUUCGUUGAACACCCUCAUCCUAGCCUUCUCUAGUGGUAUGUGCACUCAGGAGGCAAUGCUGGGUGUGCAUAAGGCAGUUUUAGGACUCAUAGUUAGUUUCUCAGCUUCCAAUAGACUGUCAACUCAGUGGCUGAAGAAGGCGCCCUUAGAAGGAAGCUAUUUAAUAUUUCACUAGAAUUCCAGACACGUUAACUUAAACAAGUUGAUUUUCAUUGUGUCUGGCUAUUCACAUCAUGAUGUUUGCAGGAAUGAGUGAAUGAAAGGUGCCAGCUGACUUCAACCCAUCAUGGCCUUAGAAGGACCUUUAUCUCAAUAGGGUCCAUGGAUCUGAUUCAGGAUUUCAGAUGCUGACGAAAGUUGUUGAUGAAUGGAGACCUGAACACGUCUCUGUUAGUGAGAGCACAACACUUCCAUUUCUCCCUGACCUGGUGUUUCUGAUGCCACUGGGAAGAAUAGAGUGGCCUCUCCAUGUGGAUUUGCAAAAAUAAAGUCUAUGGCAUUUACAGGGCUGUGCAGAGAUAACCAGUCCCAACUGCUUACCUUCAGUUGAGGCGGGGAAUGGAAUCCAGUAAGUUGAAUGCAAAACUGCAUGGAAGACUGAAUCUAGCAUAACCCGUUUGAUGAAUUUGCUUCAUCUCCUCUGCUGCUUCUUGGCUUAAGAAAAAGGCCCAUGCACACAUUUGUAACAGCACAAGAUAGACUCUUACCAACCAUAAAGAGAAGAUUUGUACAAUGCUCAGUUUUUUCAUAUUUGGUGGGAAACUGUUAAGGUUUUCCUAGGGAGUUCCUCUGCAGGACCUACAUUUGUGUGAAGUCAUUAUUUCUAGUGUAGCUCAUGAAAACAGUGUACGUACUGAAUACUUGAAUCAAAGGUGCUACAUCCUUGGGUCUGGUACUAACAAGUCUAGAGAUUCGUGCACAACUACAGUGAAUCCUGCAGUGUGGCUUUAAUGAGUAUGUUAGAGAAUUAAACUACAGAGGAACUGUUGUGGGCGCUUACAUCAUUCUACUGAGAGUAAAAAAAAUAAAAAGUC